AUGUUCAUCAGCCUACGAAUCUGCCUGAUGGCGGUUCUCGCCCUGUGCGCCACGACGACACACUGCCUACCCUUCCAGUUUAGCCUCACCCCAAUCACCAAACACCUACCCACUAUAUCGCCGCGUCAAGUAGGCAAUGGCGUGAACGGCAAUCAGACUGGCAACUCGGGGUCAAUCAGCUCUGGAGGAAUCGGCGACGGAAACGGCGUUGGGUUCGCCGGCACAGGGAAUGACAUAGACACAGGCGACGACUUUGAUAUCGGAGACGGUAACAACACCAUCGGCGAUGGAAACACGAUUGAGAUCGGCGACCGCAUUACAGAAGUAACAAACAUCAAUGUGGGAUCUGGCAACCUCUCUGACAUCGGCAUAGGCUCCGGGAAAGGCGCCAGGAACUCUACGGGGAACGCGACGGAGAUGAGUAUCAACAUCAACUUGCGUGUCAUGGUUGAAGACGGUCGUGUGAGUGUAGGAGUUGUGUAA